AGCCACUUGAAGCAGCCAUGAUCGGGAAACUUCUAUACUUCUUCCCGCAGUUUCGAAGUAGAUUUGCGAUCCUGCUAUUGACACGAAGUCUGUUCUACACGGAAUCAGAUCUGACCUAAAACAUCGAACCAACAUUCCAAGGGCGUACUGCGUCUGCAGGUAUUACGAUCUGGUCUCGGCGCUACCGACUCUACCUUUGGCACAAUACCUCGUACUACGAUAUACUAGACAUAGGAACUAAACCACAACACAAUCAAUUACGACUUCCCACACGAGUUGACACGAGCGUUUUUCCAUGACUGCCAUGAAGCCAUGUGGCUAGUUGCCUAUUCAGUCAGACACCAUUCAUGGGCGAAAAGUCAAUUAACUCAAACCACCUCUCCCAGUCAUAAUCUCCAGGACAAUUCAACAGCAAAGAUGAGUCGCCAAAUGGUUACCAGAAUAACUCAAGAUAUUUUGGAGGAGAGCACUUUGCGUCCUUUUCACACAGGAAAACCCCCAAAAUUUCCGGAUAUUGAGGAAUACUCUAUUUUUCUGUCGACCACUUCAACUUCGACAACCAACAUCGAAGUAGCUUUUCCUGAUCGCAAGAUGGACAAAAAAUCAGAGGCUUGGAUUUCCGGCGACCGUGUUGCUGCUUUCGACAGCUUCGACUCUGAUACUACCAUGGACAACGAUACUACAGAAAAUACAUCCGACUCGAUGGUACAAGAUGUUGAUAUUACCGCCAUGGCUGCAGACUCAGACUCCAUCACCACCAUGGCCAACUCUAUCACAGACAACGACACCACAGACGACCUGUCCGACUCAACAGACGACUUCUCAACAACAACCCACAGCAUCUCCAUAACCUGCUGCCCGUCCCCUUCGUCCUCUGAUUCAACAUCCUCUGAUUCAACAACAGGCUCUACAACCUCAACACCCCAUUGCAUUUUAAAACCUACCCACUUCUCCUCUACCUCCCCAUUGAUCAGAAGAAACUUGAAUAUCUUCCCUAGACCGGAAUGGGCGGGGGUGAAACUGGCACGACAGAAAUCAGAUCAAGAACAGAGGGUUUUUGCGAAGAAGCAGUGUGUAAGAUUUUGUGGCGACCAAGAGGAGGAAGAAGAAGACGAGGAAGAGGGACAUUUAGAGGAGGAUAAAUUCAAGGAAGAAGGUAAAGGAGAGGAGAGGUUUUGGGGGCUUGAGCCACAGAGGAGGAAUCAGGAUAGGAGGGAGGGAGGAACGUUCAUGGAGAGCUUUUGGAGAAUUGGUGAUGAGAAUAUUCGUGGCAUCGAGGCGUGAUCAGGGAAUUUUGAAGCAUAAAGAAAGGAAGGGUUGGUGUGGUAUCAGAGCACGAUCAAGAAGUUGAAUUCAGCAUGAGGAAGCGAGACUUUAUAUGGACGAGGAGGAAGAAAGGAUAUACGAGAGGGGUGAGAGACUCACAUCGCAGAUAUACUAGAUCUUACAUCGGAUGCAUCAAGAUGAAUUUGACCACAUUUUCCUGUGUUGACGGAGUGUUGUUAGAGCUCCGCGUUCUCCAUCGCAUACCUUUGGGAUCUUGAUGUGGUAUUUCUGAUAUCAUCGGGCCAUAGUGUUGUUUGACUAACAGUCAU